AUGUCGGAUGAUAAACCAGCUCGUCGUAUUGUUGAUGGAAAAGUUGGCGAUCAAUUCCACGUGGCUAGGGGAUAUGAAGGAAAUUGGGCAAAUGCAAUUGGAGUUCCUGUUAGUACACCACGUGGACCAGCUCAAGAAAUUCCACCUGGAGAUGGACCAGUUGAUACAGCUACUAAGGGACGUCCGGAUUUUCGAACAGUUCCAAAAACCGAUCCGGUUUUUCCGAGAAAUAAUUGA